AUGGGUAAUCAAUUGGGCAGUUUAAAAAAGGAGGAGGUCGAAUUACUUCAAACAUCAACACAUUUUGACUCUAGGGAGUUAAAAACAUUAUAUAAACAGUUUAGAAAAGACUCUCCAUCAGGAAUAAUAAAUAGAUCAGAGUUUAAAGAGAUAAUGUCGCAAAUGGGUGUAGGUGAUACAUUUUUACAGGACUUAUUGUUUAAUGUAUUUGAUAAAAAUAAAGAUGGAACAAUUAAUUUUCAAGAGUUUGUUUGUGGUUUAUCCUCAUUAACAAGAGGGACACCUGAGGAAAAAAUUGAGUUUGCAUUUUCACUUUAUGAUUUAGACGGUAGUGGAUAUAUAACAAAAAUGGAAAUGGAAAAAAUUUUAGAAUCAAUGUAUAAAUUAGUUGGAACUUUUGUGACAUGUUCAGGAAAAAAGUUUGAUCUUCAAGAUUUAAUAGACCAGUUUUUCGAUACAAUGGAUGAAAAUGCUGAUGGUUUUAUAUCUUUGGAAGAAUACAAAAGAGGUACUUUAAAGAAUCCAGAUAUUAUUCAAGGUUUGAAAUUAAUAUAA